AUGAGCUCUCGGGCACUCAACUGGCCUCGGACCUCGCUAGCAAAGCACCAUAUCGCUCGCCCCAAUGAUUCAACAUUGAUAUCCCCGGUCCAGUCACUUUGUGUGCGCGGCCACCAGAUUGCCGAGUUUUCGAGUACCUCUCAAAGGAACGAGCUCGGGCGCCGUGCCAAAGAGAAGCUGCUUGACCGGGAAUUCUUCCUGAGUCUCCUGAACUCGGCCUCAACAAAGCGAGAAGCAAAACAGUAUUUGUCUCGAUUCAAAAACAGUUCCCCCAAGCCCACUCCAAAGUCCGAUGAAGCUUCCAAGGAACAAGAGUCCCAAUUGCCUUCCGGAGUAAACUUGGGCUCCUUCUACGGUGCCUCCAGAGCAGUCUAUGACAGUCCCGUGUUCCGGCAAAACACAACUCCAGCUCCACGCGGACAGGAAUCGUUCGAGAGAUUACAUCUUGCUCUGAUCAAGAUCACUACACCGCAAUCGCUCGAUGACUCAGUUAUCAAUGGCGUCGCCAGGACUCUGUCGCAACUCGUUCGGCUAGGGAUGGCAUGCUGCGUAGUCGUUGACCCUGGCGAUACGGAUAUUACUACCAUGCGACAAACCGCCAUCGCACAAGCUAAUCGACUCUCGGCAGCGGUCGAUGGACAGCCUGAUUCGAAAGCCUUUCGCUUGGACUCUGCACUUUCAGUCUCUGAUGAAGGAUCGAGUCAACCUAAAGUGUCGUCUCGGAAAGGGCUUCUAGCACCACUUCGGGACGGACACGUCGUUAUUGUCACACCAGUCGCGUACCUUGAGGAAAACCCAAAGGCUGUUCCAGUGUCUGCAGAUGAUGCUGUCAUUGCUUUGACCAAAGAAUUUGCCGGGCUUUCCACAUACCCGGACCCCGAUGAAGACCCUGCAGUGACUGCAGAACGAAUUGGGGCUUUACAGAAGGAGGUUUCGUUGGACCGAGUGAUUCUUCUGCACCCACUCGGAGGAAUCCCUGCCUUUAGAGGUCCUCAGGACUCCCAUGUCUUUAUCAACAUGGAACAAGAGUUCGAUGAUAUUGAAAAGGAGCUGCUCCAGAUACGAAGUUCCCUUUGUGGGGAAGAAGCUGAUACAACAGCUAGCGCCCGUCUAGAUACAGCGUAUUCAAUCUUGGACAGCAACCCCUUCUCUAAAUUCGCUACCAACGAGGUGAUCUCACCCCAAUUAGAGGUGUCAGAGCAAUUGCCCGGGUCCACGACCAUGAGACCGAUCCUCGAUGGCCACCUGCAAAAUCUUCGUUUGUCUCAAAAGGCCCUUGCCCUGCUACCAGCGACAGCGUCAAGCGUCAUCACAUCUCCAUAUGAAGUCGCUAAUUCGUCGCGUCCCGCUGAGAAGACUACGCCAAAAUUGUCAGCCGUUGGAACCCGACGCCAGCGUAACCCUCUCAUUCACAACCUCCUCACUGACAAGCCUCUUCUUUCCUCAUCGCUCCCGCCAGGCCGCCGUGGCCCCGUCAAUGGUCGACGACCCAGUGCGCUCAGCCCCCUGACAGCCCAUACGACCUUUGUCAAGCGUGGAAUGCCUCUCACUCUUCUCCCAAAUCCGCAUGUGCAGGUAUGGUCGGCUGAGCAUCAGCCACGACUGCAACUCAACGACUCAUCGAUCGAUCUUCCUCGCCUAGUGCAUCUCAUCGAAGAUUCUUUUGACCGAAAGCUGGAUGUCCAGAACUACCUGGAGCGAGUCAACGACCGCAUCGCCGGCCUUAUCAUCGCUGGCGAGUACGAAGGUGGCGCGAUCUUGACCUGGGAAACACCACCCGGCGUCGUUGAUGACGGAAGCCCAGAAAGUGUUGCACGCAUGGUUCCCUAUCUAGACAAAUUUGCUGUCCUCAAACGCAGCCAGGGCGCAGGGGGCGUUGCUGACGUGGUGUUUAAUGCGAUGGUGCGCACUUGUUUUCCCAAUGGAGUCUGCUGGCGCAGUCGCAAGGACAAUCCGGUCAACAAAUGGUAUUUUGAGCGAUCAUCUGGUACCUGGAAGCUGUCUGAUAGUAAUUGGACUAUGUUCUGGACUACUGCAGGGUUGCCGGAAGAUUCGCAGCGGUUCCAGGAUUAUGAGGCUGUUUGUCGAGCUAUUCAGCCUAGCUGGGCCGACAAGAAGAGUGUGAUUGAUUGA